AUGUCACUGAAAUGUAUGCCUCUGUUAUUCCUUAAUAUGGGCAGCGAAAUGGUUUAUAUUUUGCAGCAGCGCCUAAAGGCUCAAAAGAUAGACAAAGAGAAGACGACGCAAGUACUGCGGGAUAUUUUGCAUAUUCUUUUGAAUACCAAAUUUUUGAAGGAAUUAUUCAAGCCACAAUACAUUUGUAGCAGACAGGUUAUGCGGAUUUUUUUCGAGAAGCUUAUCCAUUCCAGCAUUAUGCGACUUAGCAAAACGAGCAUGGACAAACUGUACGCAUUAAUGACGAUGACUUACAAAUAUCAACUUCAACUUUGCAAUGGGUCUGAAAAUAUCGUCUUCAUCACACUCAAUCAUUUAGACUGCAUCCGUGAAAUUCUGCCUGAAGACGAAAAGUUGAGUCAACUGCUGGAUGAAGCUCAUCGAAUGGUUAUUAUGAUGUACUACGAAAUUCCUCUCUGGGAGCAAGCAAUGAUUCGAAGUUGUUUGUUGAAUUUUUUCCAGGAUUCACGAGUGAAUGUAUCAUUAUUUUUACGUGAAAAUAAGCAGACGGAGGAAGGUCGAUUUAUUCUCUUCCCCGAAUCAAACUAUCAAUUAGUUUACAAUGGAAAUCCUCCUGGAAAAAUACGAUAUUUCGAGACUGGUGGAGAAGUGCGCUCAGAAUCGUUCCCUCCCGACGAUGGCGCAAGCAUGUACAACCCGUGUCUCUCCACAGGAAAUAUCGAGUUGAAUGCAAAUGACAGAGGCACGACAUUGGGCACUAACAUGUAUAUGUCACCGGAAAGUCUUCAGGUAAAAAGUGGUGGCACAAUAGCGAAAUCGAAGGAUCGAUUACCAGAUGAGGAGUUGCGACUGUUAUCAGCACUAAUUAUCAGUCCUGAACAAGAUCAGCAGAAAGGAUUCGAUUUGAAUUUAUUUACGGAUGAUGCGGAGGAAAAAACAUUUCUGCAGGAUGAAGCACUGAGAACAGUCACUCAUAUCGAUGUCAAAAAGCACCGUAAAACGAUCAUCGCAGCGGUUGCUGACUUAAAGUUGGAAGUACCGCAACGACAGUCGAAAAAAGGAGAAGACAUGUUAAAUUUGUUGGAUGAAGCAGUAAAUCAUCCCGAUAUGUCGGCCAGAAGUUCUACAAAGCGAAGUAUUUCAUCGACAAGAAAACAAACACAAUGA